AUGGAACCCGAAGCAUUGCAAUGGCUCGGAUGGUCAUACGCAAGUCCUAUCUACAACCAUCUCAAGUCAACUGAUACGCUCACCUUUCAUGCAUGGAGUCUCUUUAGAAAGGCUUAUCCAGAAGAAAUCGAUCAGCACACUAUAUUUCGAGUUCAAGAGCGGGGUCUUGAAUCGAUACAAUACCCUUCUCUGAUCGAUCGGUUGUCUAAACUCGAUGUUGGCAUGCUGACCUUUCUUUGCAUCAUGACACCCAGACUUUCAAUAUCACAUCUUGUCGCUCUCACCAAAAUUCAAGGCCUUGCAGUUCUUGUACUAGAAGAUGGGUCGGUCGGUUAUCGACUUGAAAAGGAGAGACCGCUUGUCGAUACAAUAAGAAGUUGGGGCCGGAGUAUUGCUGAAAGCAGUGUUCUCUCAAAACUACGAGUGUUUGUGUUGAGCGGAUACCAUGGAAUUGAGAGCAGUGUUGUGCUCAAGAGCGUCUCCUCACUUCUCUCCUUGAAUCUCGUUGGGAUCAACGGCCCGUAUACCCCUCCUGAAAUCAAAGACUGUGGCGGGGAUUGGCAAGACGAUAGGCUUCAACGCUUAACCUUUGACGGAACGACACCUGCCGCCAUCUGGGAAUCAGCUGCAACAACCAGAGCCUCCACCAUGCAACAACUUUAUGAUUUCUCACUGGGUAUUUCUCGCACUAAUCCCACCAAAGAAUCAGCAUAUCAAUCUGUUUCCAUGACAUACUCCCAAAGUCAAGCGCCUGUUGCAGUGAGCUCUACCUAUUGGUUCUACCGAGAGCUUCGAGAUGGACCGGACCCAAGGAUAAAGCGUUCACAAAGUAUUAGUCAGAGUGAACAAACAGAUAACCAUGGCAAAAAGAGAAAGAUUCGGAAUGAAAAGAAGGUCGGCGUCGAUGCGCUUCUAGGAAGCUUCAUGUAA